UCAAUUUUAAUCCCUUGAAGUUUGUUUCCCAAGGCCAUUGCAAUUUGAUGAAGAAAUGGGUCGAGAAGAUUACAGCAGCGAAAGGAGGUCUUCAACUGGGGCAAAUCUAAACUCAGUAUUCUAUGCAUCAGUAUAUCAUCCAAUUCAAGCUGGAAGCAUUGAUGGAACUGACAUUCUUCCUCACGAUAACGCCGUUUACAGAGCUCUUCUCUGCUCUAAUGCCGGCUUAUAUGACCCGUUUGGUGACCCGAAGGCUAUUGGUGACCCGUAUUGUACGCUCUUUGUUGGUCAUUUGUCUCAUUUUACCACUGAACAUACCCUUCGUCAGGAAAUGAACAAAUAUGGAAGGGUGAAGAACGUAAGAAUUGUUAGACACAUUGUAACGGGUGCUUCACGUGGUUAUGCAUUUGUUGAAUUUGAAUCAGAUAGGGAGAUGCGACGAGCAUAUAAGGAUGCUCACCAUAAGUUUAUUGAUGAUUCUGAAAUUAUAGUUGACUAUAACAGGCAGCGAUUGAUGCCAGGCUGGAUUCCGAGAAGGCUAGGAGGCGGUCUUGGCGGUAAGAAGGAAUCAGGACAGCUUCGUUUUGGAGGUCGUGAAAGACCAUUUCGUGCUCCACUUCGACAAAUUCCGUUGGAUGAUCUAAAGAGGCUGGGUAUACCACCUCCUCCCGAGGGAAGAUAUAUGUCACGGUUUCAGGUUCCAUCGCCACCCAGACGAGAAAGGAGCAUGGAGGAUGCCAGAGACUCUUCUCACAAGCACGCUAAAGGAAACGAGCAUUCUCAUCGAUUGGAGAGAUCUCCAAGUCGAGAGUACCCAUCUGGAAGACGCGAGAGGUCCAUGGACAAGGAAGAUUUCUCUCACAGGCAGAGAACACAUGGGAGGAUGCGACAUGAUUUAAGGUCCCCCAGUCAUGAUCAUUCAUCCGAUAGGAGUUCAAUGGACAGAAGCAGACAUUCCCGCAAGCGCCAAAAAAGUAGCAGAGAUAGGCAUGACAUGAGAUCCCCCAGUCUUGAUCAUUCAUCUGAUGAAACUUCAACGUACAGAGAAGAACGUCGUCGAGCACGUAGUGCACGGUCUCAUGGAGAUGACAGGUGGUCACCAAGCAGGGAUGAUUCUUAAAAUGGAGUAAAAGAUUAAUCAAACAUGCAAGGGAUACAGUAGCUGUAAUUAUCAGGUCUUUAUAUUUGCUUGUAUAAUAGCUUUGUUAGUUCAUAUCUCCUGCUGCUGCCUGUUAAUUACAUGAUUUUCCUGAUGAGUGCUAUUGUAAUCUUUCUUUAUUUGUUGGUU